AUUACAGAAUGCAGCAGCACGAGGGCUAUUCUUUUGUUGUUUUUCAAGAUUUUCGAUUCGAUGGUGGGUAAGAGAAUAUGUUGAGAGAUAGUAUUAGUUCCUGCGCUGGUCCCACGCAGGUAAAAACAAUUCGUGUAUGCAAAUAUAAUCCAUGGCUGUCUGCAGAGGCGGUGGGUUUUGGUUUUGGACACUUGCAGCCUGAGAUUCUCUCUCUGCUCUGCUAAGCUCGCACUCCAUUUGACUUGGGGAGAGUGAUUCGCCGCCAUGGAUUGCAUCUACAAGGAUUCAAAUGCGCCCAUUGAAGCCAGAGUUAAAGACCUUCUCUCUCGGAUGACUCUGCUUGAAAAGAUCGGCCAAAUGACGCAGAUCGAGCGCAGUGUCGCCACUCCUUCCGCCAUCAAGGAGCGGUUCAUUGGGAGUGUUCUGAGUGGGGGUGGAAGCAAGCCGUUCGAGAAUGCGAAGUCGGCCGACUGGGCGGACAUGAUCGACGGCUUCCAGAAGGCGGCGUUGGAGACUCGGCUGGGCAUUCCCAUCAUAUACGGGGUGGAUGCAGUCCACGGAAACAACAAUGUCUAUGGCACCACCAUUUUCCCUCAUAACAUUGGCCUUGGUGCCACCAGGGAUGCUGAUUUGGUAAGGAGGAUUGGAGAGGUAACAGCUCUUGAAGUUAGGGCAAGCGGUGCCCAAUAUGCAUUUGCACCAUGUGUUGCAGUUAGCAGGGAUCCAAGAUGGGGGCGGUGUUAUGAAAGUUAUAGUGAAGAUACUGAGAUUGUCAGGAAGAUGACCUCUCUUGUUUCGGGCUUGCAGGGAGAGCCACCUAGAGGGCAUCCCAAAGGCUACCCUUUUCUUGCUGGAAGAAAAAAUGUUAUUGCAUCUGCUAAACAUUUCGUUGGAGAUGGGGGCACUCAGCAUGGCGUAAAUGAAGGGAACACAAUAUUGUCCUAUGACGAAUUAGAGAGAAUUCACAUGGCACCGUAUUUGGAUUGUAUUUCUCAGGGAGUUUGCACCAUAAUGGCGUCAUACUCUGGUUGGAACGGAGACAAGUUGCACACUCACCAUUUCCUUCUCACUGAAGUUCUGAAAAAUAAGCUAGGAUUCAUGGGUUUUAUAAUUUCGGACUGGGAAGCACUGGACCGGCUUUAUACCCCUCAUGGUUCAAAUUACCGUCAAAGCAUCUUAUCCAGUGUCAAUGCUGGAAUCGAUAUGGUAAUGGUACCAUUUAGAUAUGAAUUGUUUCUGGAAGAAUUUCUGUCUCUUGUUGAGUCUGGAGAGAUUCCAAUGGCUCGAAUUGACGAUGCUGUUGAGAGGAUCCUCAGGGUGAAAUUUGUAUCUGGCAUUUUCGAACAUCCUCUGAGUGAUAGAUCUUUACUGGACGUGGUUGGUUGCAAGGCGCAUCGAGAAUUGGCCCGUGAAGCUGUUUCCAAAUCCUUGGUUUUGUUGAAGAAUGGAAAAGAUGAGAAAAUACCUUUGCUCCCACUAGACAAAAAGACCAAAAGAAUCCUCGUCACCGGAACACAUGCGGAUAACCUUGGAUAUCAGUGUGGUGGAUGGACAAUUACAUGGGAUGGAGCAUCUGGCAGAAUAACCGAGGGCACAACUAUACUCGAUGCAAUAAAAGUAGUGGUGGAUAAUGAGGCAGAAAUCACAUACGAACUAAACCCUACAGCCGAGACAUUUUCUGGCCAAGAUUUCUCUCUUGCCAUAGUAGCUGUUGGAGAGGGCCCUUAUGUUGAAAGUGGAGGGGAUGAUCCGGUGCUCAAAAUUCCAUUCAAUGGGAGCGAGCUGGCGGGCUUCGUCGCUGACCGAGUACCAACAUUGUUAAUUCUAGUCACCGGAAGGCCUUUGGUUUUGGAGGCACAGCUGCUGGAAAAAAUUGAGGCUCUGGUGGUAGCUUGGCUGCCGGGAACUGAAGGCAGAGGAAUCACAGAUGUCAUCUUUGGGGAUCGUCCCUUCCACGGACGACUCCCCAUGACAUGGUUUAGAAGUGUGGAUGACCUCCCAAUACACAGCUCCGGAGAGAAUUCAUUGGACCCCUUGUUCCCUUUCGGCUUUGGGCUAACGACGACUUGUUAGGGACUGAUGAGAUUUUUGGAAAGAGGUGCGUUUUGCCUUGCUUUGCUGCGCUGGGAAUUUUAUUCUAUCUAUGGGUUUUAAGAGGAGAAUCGAUCAUAUGUAUCGUUUAUAAUUAACUCUUUAUCAUUUGUGGUAAUGCUAUUCACGAUUCAAUGUAUUCAAGAUUCCUGGUUUAUCAAAAAAUAUUUCCUUUUUUCCA